UAAAUCUGUCAUUUGUCAUUUCAUUUCAUGAUAUCAGCAAUCUCGAAAACACUUUGUUUGAGUAAAUUUUUAGUUAACGUAUUUCAAAAAGUUAAUUUUUAACAUGAAAUGGUAUGAAGGAGGAAUAGCAGAAGCAGUUGCAGCUUCGAAACGAAAAGGAGCAGUAUUCGUUGUAUUUAUUGAAGGAGCUAAUGAUAUUUCUAAGUCUUUAUCUGACUUAUUAAGUAACGAAACGAUUUCAAACAAGAUAGAAAAUGAAAAUUUUGUUGCAAUAAAAAUUGAAGAAAAUUCUGUGCCACAUCAGCAGUUCAGUCAUAUCUAUAAAGAAGCUACCAAGCCAUCAUUAUAUUUUAUUGGAAAAAAUGGGAUCCUCUUAGAAGUCAUUAGCAAUGAAAUUAGUGCAAUUGAAUUAACUGUUAAAUUAGAUGAAAUUACCCAAAGAAAUGCAGGUCCAAUUCCUCAAUCUAGUUCAGGAGCAACACAGUCACAAAAUUUUAUACAUUCCGAACAGAAAUCUCAGAAUGAUAGAAGUAACCAUGAACAAGAAAAGGAAGUUAGAGAUCAACCCAAACGAAGAAACAAUACUUCUCCUAGAAGAAGUCCACAAGGUGCUGACAGUUUGCUUCAUAAACAAGAUAAACCAGAAGUUAGCUCAUCAAUUGAAACUCCUGAUGAACAAGAAGCAAAACUGAAGAAAUACCAAGAAACAAUUCAAAUGAAAAAGGAAGAAAAGGAAUUAGAAGAAAAACAGAAAGAAAAGGAAGAAGAAUUAAAACGGCGAAAAGUCGGCCAGGAUGUCCAAAAAUUAAAACGAUGGCAAGAAGAGCAAGACCUAAAGCAACUUGUAGAGCAAAGGGAAAAGCAAAAACGUGAAGAACAGCAAGCAAGACAACGUGUUUUAGCUCAAAUAGCUCAAGACAAAGCUGAAAGAGCUGCAAAGUUUGCAAGCCCAGGAAGCAGUGCCCAAUCACCUCCUACCCAACCAACUGCACCUAUAACAGCACCUCCCAAGUUAUCUUCCAAUCCUAAUACAGCACGUUUACAACUGAGACUGCCUGAUGGAAGUUCCCACACUCACGAAUUUGCAAGCUCAGCAACCCUUCAAGACGUUCGUGAAUUCAUAGCAGCUAAUUUGAAUAUGGCGUUCAGAACCUACACACUUUCCACAAUGUUUCCCAGACGUGAAUUUUCCGAAAACGAUUACAGUCAGACGUUAGCCGAUCUCCAACUUGUUCCUAAUGCAGUGAUUCUUAUCUUGCCCAUUAACCAUACCACAGUAAGCAACAGGAAUGGCGGCUUCUUCUCAGUUAUAUGGUUUUUCUUCACACCGUUUGUUACAUUCUUUGUCUGGCUCAAAAGUCGAGUCAUGGCAUUUGGCGGACCAAACGACGGAGGGACAACAGGAAUCACUCCAAGGACCAACUUAAAUAUGCGGCAAAGUACUACAGAUGGUCAAGGGCCUUCUGUGGUGAAUAAACACUCCAGUGGUGCAGGAAAAGGUAGUUUCGUUCGUCGUGAAGGUAAUAUCCACCGACUGGUAGACAAAAAAGAUAAGGAUGAUGAAAACAACACAUGGAAUGGUAAUUCUACACAACAAAUGUGAAACAUUAAAUUUUGUUUUAUUUAUUUUGGUAAUUAAUUACACAAUGCUACGCAACAUAUUGUUUAUUAAAAAUGUUCUGUAUUAUUAAUUGAUUUAAUUAUACCAAAUGUGAUUUAAAGAUGUUAACUCAUGAAUACAUGUGUAACUAAUA